AUGAGUGCAACAACUACGAAUAUUAUAUCUACUAGCCAUCACUUACCAACUACUUUAUGUUCACAAUGUAGUUCUAUGGCACAUUUUCAAUGUAUAGAUCAUUGUAGAGAAGUUUUCUGUGGUAAAUGUAGUGUUAAACAUCGUACAACAGUUGUUAAACAAAUGAAUGAUUUAACAGAAAAACUUAAACAAUGUAAAAUUGAUCCUAUAACAACACAUAAUGAAAUUGAUGAAAAUUUUUUACGUGCAUCUCAACAAACUAUUAAACGUACACGUGAUACAACGAAUAAUUUAAUUGCAGAACUUCAACAACGUGAAGAUUCAAUAAUCAAAACAAUUGAAAAUGCUUUAGAAGAUAGACGAAAAGAAAGAGAGAAACGUACUGAUUCAGCAUUAUUAACAAGUGAACAAGCUAUUGAUUAUACUCAUUUACUUCACGAUUGUCUUAAUCAAGAUCAUUUAAUCAAUGAAGAAACUAUGAUGAAUAUCCAACGUCGUUUAGAUGCUCGUAAUGCUCUUGGACAUUCAGUAUCGGAAACAAAACAUCCUGUUGUUGAACAAGGAAAAUUUGAACCUGAAAGAUUACUUCAUCUUCGUUAUGCUCCUCGAGCACAAUCUUCACCAUCAAAAAUUCGAAGUUCUCAUGGUACAAGAGUUACUGUACGUUUAGGUACACAUAAACAAUUUCAAAUUCCAUUAGUAAAUACAUUUUCUGUUGGUAAACAUCCUACAGCUGUGUCAUUAAUGGAUCGUUAUGUUGAAACAUUCUUUUUUCGUCGUACACCUGGUAAUAGUUUAAUCUUAUUAAGUACAACAGCUAUUGAUAUUUACAAUCGUGGUUCAGGUAUUGAAUCAAGUAUACAUUUAUCAAAAAUUUUCGGUACAAGAAAAGAUAAAUUAUUAGCUGGUACUUGGUGUGAAUUGACUCAACGACUUAUACUUAAUGGAAAUCAUCGAAUGUAUUUUUAUGAUCUACGUGGACAAGGACGUACAGACAUCUUUCCUUGUCAACCAGAACAUGGAGAUCCAGGUAAUACACAAAGAUUUCUUGCUUGUACACAUGAUGGUUCAAUAAUUUAUGCUUAUAAAUCCGAUAUAAAUGAGUAUACAAUUGAAAAAUUAGUUCAUCCACCUUCAUUCCCAGUGAAAGAUGAUAAGCUUAGACAUGAACAUACUGAACAUUUUCUUCAAGCUAAACAUAUUACAAAAGUAAAUGGUCGUAUAGCAGCUAUGUGUAACACACAUAGUCGUACUGCAAUUGUUUACCGUCGUUUUCGAUCGGAUAAACAACUGGAACAUUAUCUUUGUUUCGCUGAUCAAUCUCUUAAAUUAAAUAAUGAAAAUGAAAUACGAUUACCAACUGAUAUUAAAUGGAUUACAGCAAUUACAGCAUAUGGUAAUGAUGGACAUUAUCUUCUUUGUGAUCCACGUGGACAACAAUUAUUAUUUUAUCAUUUAACAGAAGGUUUUCUGACACGUCGAUUUCGUAUUGGUGCUAUAAAUGCAUGUUGUUUAACCGAUGGUAAACUUGUUUUAUGGUUACAAAAACAAUAUGCUAGUUCACCAACAGGAAAACUUCAUUUUAUAACAGCACCACACUUAGGCGAACCAGCUAAUGUUGCAAAAUCGUUUCCAUUAUUAGAACAGAAAUAA